UAGCUUAUUUGCCGUAAAAACGAGAGAUGAAAACAAUGUCCAAAACAGAGAGAACUGUCUUCUGUAUUCUAGGGAUCGGCUCAACUUUUUUCUCGGCAACUCUAUUCCUGACACUGUUGUCGAUGUGUAGACCACCUUUCAAUGCAAAUUUCUCCGCAGGUACCAACCAAAGCGAAAGUUAUGAAUUACAUUUUCCAAGUGACUUGGAUGAUUUGAAGUCUUUAGCCAGUCUGUUGAAACAAUACAGAAGAGAGAACUUUGGCUACGUUUUCCUGCUGUUCUGUAGCGCAUAUUUGUACAAACAGACGUUUGCAAUUCCAGGAUCUGUAUUUAUGAAUUUGCUGGCAGGUGCGAUAUUUGGUAUCUGGGCAGGCUUCCCAUUGGUGUGUUUCUUGACUGGGUGUGGCGCGACAUUUUGUUAUCUCCUGUCCAAGGCAUUUGGCAAGGUUCUUUUAUUACAAUAUUUUCCAAACAGAGUGCAAGCAUUACAAAGCAAGGUGGGUGGAAUAAUGGCUUUGGCUCAUCUGAUCAGAUUAUCUGCAUGAUUGUAGCCGUUCCCCCCCUGGGGUACCCUUGAACAAAUUGGGUGGGGGUGUGUGGCCUGCUCCAACAAACGUUACCCUAUUUAAGACU